AUGCCGCUGCUGGACAAGGGCGUCGCGCUCGCGGCGACGCUGAUGCUCACCUUAUCCAUGAAGCCGGUGGUCAUGGACAACGCGCUGGUCCACCGUCUGUCGGCUUUGGAGACGAUGGCGUCCGUCACGGCCAUCUGCGCCGACAAGACUGGAACGCUGACGCUGAAGCAGAUGAGCGUGGCCGAGUUCUGGGUCGGCGCUGAGCAGCCUUCAUCCGCCAUGGCGAUCGCCGGUGGCGUUGUCGACUUGCUGCGCCAGGGAGCCGGGCUUAACACCACCGGGAGCGUGUACAUGCCGGACAACGCGUCGCCGCCGGAGAUAUCGGGCAGCCCGACGGAGAAGGCGCUGCUGUCGUGGGCCGUGGCCUACCUCGGCAUGGACGCCACCACGCUCAAGAGGAGCUUCAAGGUCCAAGAAGUCGAGGCGUUCAACUCUCACCGGAAGCACAGCCGGGCCGUAAUCAGGGACAAUGCCAACGGCGUGGUGCUCGCGCACUGGAAAGGCGCCGCUGAUGUCGUCCUGGCGGGGUGCUCCAUGUACGUGGACACAAGGGGAGAUGCGCGUGAACUCGGCGUCGAGCAGCGGAACACGCUUGAGAAGGUGAGCAACGACAUGGGGGCCCGCGGCCUCCGGUGCAUCGCCUUCGCCUGCAAGCAGGUCGACUGCACCGAGCCAUCAGAGAUCGACAACGAGGCGGGUCUGACAUUGCUAGGCUUGGUCGGCUUGCACGACCCGUGCCGACCAGAGGUCAAGGCCGCCACUGAAGCAUGCACCAGGGCGGGCGUGGCUGUCAAGAUGGUCACCGGCGACAACAUUCCGACGGCCUGCGCGGCCGCCAACGGGUGCGGCAUCAUGUCCAGCGACGACUCCAAUGGAGUCGUCAUCGAGGGCCCCGAGUUCGUGGGCAUGCCGCCAGCGCGCCAGCUCGAGAUGGUUGACAAGCUCCGCGUCAUGGCGAGGUCGCGGUCCGGCGACAAGCAGGUGCUGGUGGAGCGGCUGAAGCAGAAGGGGCACGUGGUGGCCGUGAGCACCGGCGAAGGCACCAGCGACGCGCGGGCGCUCGGGGCGGCCGACGUGGUGCUGUACAUGCGCGCCCCGGGCGCCCGUGUCGCUGGCAGUGGCAAGGACAUCAUCAUACUCAAGGGCAGGUUCGACGCUGUGGUCGCCGCAAUCCGGAUGGGCCGCUGCGUUUACAACAACUUCCAGAAGAUGGUCCAGUUCUACCUCACCGUAAACGUCGUGGCCAUCAUCGUCAACUUCGUGCCGGCGGUCACCACGGGCGACACUCCGCUGACGACCGAGCAGCUCCUGUGGGUGAACAUUGUGAUAGGCGCCUUGAGCGCGCUGGCGGUCGCCACGGACAAGCCCAGCGACGCGCUCAUGGACAGCCCGCCCGUCGCCCGCACGGCGCCGCUCGUCAGCAACGCCAUGUGGCGCGACCUCGCCGCGAAGGCGGCGUUCCAGGUCGCCGUGCUGCUGGCGCUCCAGUACCGUGGCCGCGACGUCCUCGGCACCGACGCCAAGGCCAUGGUCUUCAACGUCUACGUGCUCUGCCAGGUGUUCAACAAGUUCAACACGCGGGAGAUGGAGAAGAAGAAUGCUUUCGCCGGGGUGCUCACGAGCAGCAGCACGAUGUUCCUCGUCUUCAUCGCCGGCAUGCUCGUGCUGCAGGUGGUGAUGGUGGAGGUGCUCGCCAGGCUCGCCGGCGCUGGGAGGCUCGGCCUGGGGCAGUGGGGCAUCUGCGUCGCCAUGGCCGCCGUGUCGUGGCCCGUCGCCAUGGCCGCCAAGUUCAUCCCCGUGACAUCGCCGUGCAGGAGCUCAUCACACGCCAAUGCAUUAUGUUAG